CAGCUUGCUGAACUAUUAGUUUGCUGGUUCUCAUUAUUUCCUCCUCGACUAGUAGCGCGACGAUAUCUCGAAAAACAACAAUCAAAAGUAUCGAAAUGGCAUUUAUGGAAAGUCGAAGUUAUGCGGCAAUUAACGAUUUUCAGCCGUUGGUGCAAUAAUAUGAGGAUUUAUUUAAUUCCAUGGGAAGCAAAAAUCAAAAAAAUUGAAAGUCAUUACGGCUCUGUAGUAUCAUCAUAUUUUACUUUUCUUCGAUGGGUACUCAGCGUAAAUAUUACAAUGACAGUAAUAAUGAUGUUGUUUGUAACUAUUCCAGAGUGGUUAGCCGAUUCGAGAGGUGGACCGGAACGAUACAAUCGGACCUAUAAUAUAAAAAUUAUGAAGCCAGUAGAUGUGCAACGAGCUGAUGAACUGAAUACUGUUCUUGAUUUCAAAGGUUAUUUUGAAUAUUCACUUCUAUUUUAUGGAUAUUACAGUAGCGAAACAUAUUUUGGCGAUAUUGUGCAGUAUAGUGUUCCUGUGGCUUAUUUUAUCGUCAAUUUAUUUAUUCUGGGCUAUAGUUUUUUUGUCAUUCUUCGAAAAAUGGCUGCAAAUGCUCGUCAUAGUAAACUUGCUGAAGGAAAGACUCAACAGUAUAUUUUCAAUUGGAAAUUGUUUACCGGUUGGGAUUACACAAUUGGAAAUCCUGAAGCUGUUUCGAAUGUACUUAUGGCAACAGUCAUCAAAUUUCGAGAAAUAAUCGCAGAAUAUAAUGAAAGUAAGAGGAAGAAGUUUGAGUAA